AUGUCGUCUCAACAGCCAUCCGAGAUGAUCCCUUCUCAGCGGGAAAGAGAUCUUUCUGUACAACUUCAGGAAGCAACAUCGGAGAAAUAUUUGCUGCUCAAGCAACUUCUCGAUGCAAAGUCGGAACUUUUCGAAACAUCACGACAGCGGGAAAGGGAUCUUUCUGACCAGUUGAAAGCAAAAGUCUCGAAGCUUCAAGCAGCCUAUACUCGAAAGGAGAGCCUGGAAGCUCAGCUGGAGAAGCAUGUGGCUGACCUAGCUCUGCUGAAAAAGAAUAUCGACAAUCCCCAUGCAGAGCUUCUGGAGAAGGAGAAUGCGCUCCAAGCCUCGCGUCACCAAGAGCGAGAGUUGGCCUUUGAGCUCCAAACUGUCAAAGCGGAUUUCGAAUCUUACAAGUAUGCCGAAAAGAAGCGAGUAGACAGGCUCACACAGGCCGAGAGAGACCUCAAGUGCUCUAGAGACUACGCCAACGUAUUGGCUAGUGAAGCUCAGCAAGCAAAGAAGGCCGCCGAAGAUGCCAAGAAGAGCGCUGAAACCCUCGGAGAGCAACUUCAACAGGCAGAAGAGACAAUGAAGUGGUCUAAGAACAAGAUCGCCGACACCGAGAAAGAACUACACAAGGCCAAAGCCGACUUUCAAGUCGCGUCAGCUCGCGAAAGGGGUCUUAAGAGAAAACUCGCUAAGAACGAGAAACUCUUGAAGUCCAACCGCUUCACCUUGGGACGCCAGGCACCACCUGUUGUAUUUGGGGCGCCCAGCCCAAUACCGAGGCCGCGACCAACAGCAGAUUUCAGUCAUCCCACCCCUAAGAGUGAAUUGACUCUGCAGGCUGACUUCUCGCUGAUCAAACCAAACAUCAACGGACCGCCCAAGGAGAAUCCGUCUCCCUUCAGUUCAUUUGGCACCAACGCACAGCCCCGAUGUGAUUUGAACUUCUUUGGUUCAUCCAACACCAACGGGCAGCCUCAGGAGAAAUUGACCCUCUUUGGUUCGUCCACCAAGCCUUCAACUCCGGCGCAGUGUCCCUGGAUUCCACUCCCCCCAGUUGGAAAUACGACAGCUCAACAAGGACAAACCUCCAACAACUUUGGUGGCUCUUAG